UUGAAUAUAGAAUAGUUUUGUGGUAUUUAAAUAUUAGUGCACUCCUCGAAACCACCGCAAUUCCCUGGUGCUAUUCCUUAAGAGUUUAUACGCUUCUUAUUGUGUUGAAUUACAGGCAAUAACUGAAAAUUCAGUGGACAACACGAGCAGAUUUGUUGCUGAUCUCUGUUCCUCGUCGAGCUGUUGUUAAACGCUUCCUACAGCGAUGGCACUAGAUCUCGGCAAAGAGACAAACCCAAGGCUGCGUGCCAACGCCUUUCAGUGGAUAUUAUUCAGCUGGAUGAACGGUAUUCUGUUCAAAGGAUUCAAGAGAAAUUUGACAGCUGAAGAUCUCUAUGAAUUACCACAGGAGGACCAAACAACAUAUAACGUGAACAUUCUCGAACAGGAAUGGAACGAGGAAAUUCGAACCGCGCAUAGAUUAGGGAAUUACCCACGGCUGUACAAAUCCGUAUUAAGGGCCCUUCCAGGGAAGGUGAUUUGCAAGGUGUUAACUUUCCAAUUCUUAAGAGGGCUAAGCACUUUAAGUUACACGGUGCUGCUGUGGUUUUUCCUGAGAGAGCUAGGCCUGGGUAAGAGCCAGCUGGCACUAUCGCUGAUGGUUGUCGGGUUCACUGUGGUGAGCAUCUCACGGGCGAUUUCUAGAAACCAGAUGGAGCUGUUUGGCUUAUACGCUGGAAUGAGACUAAAGGUCGCUCUCAUCGGAUUAAUCUACAAGAAAAUCCUGAAUUCUUCCCGGUGCAGUCUCUCAACCGUUCGAACGGGUUACGUGAUCAAUCUGAUCUCCAAUGAUGCCAAACGAAUCGAGCUUUUCAUCUCAAACUUUAGCAUGGCAAUACUAGGACCAUUUAAGAUCGUAGUCUGCAUUGUGAUGCUGUGCUUGUUUGUUGGCUGGCAGUCGCUCUCUGGUGCUCUCUUCCUGUUUAUCAUUAUGCUUUAUGGUCAGUUGGCCGCAAAGCAAUUCGCAAAGCUUCGCGGGAAGGCAGCUGCAGUCACAGAUAGGAGACUAGGUGCUGUGAGCGAAGUGAUUCAUGGGAUACGUGCUGUGAAGAUGUAUGCGUGGGAGUGGAACUAUAGUGACGAGAUCAAGGGGUUAAGGAGGGAGGAAAUGCGAAUCAUUCGGCUAAAGAAUCUGAUUUUGUCAACUUUCGUGGCACUGUACUCAGUCAGCGCAUCGAUUGCAGCACUUAUCUCCAUUAUUACUCUGAUUUUCUCCGGUAUUCACCUUGACCCAGCUCGCAUCUUUACCAUGAUAAACCUCCUAAAAUCCCUGGAGUUUGCCAUAGUCGUGGAUUUAGCAGAAUGCCUCAGGGAGGUAUUGGACGCGUUUGUGUCCAUCAGGCGUAUUGAGCAGUUUCUUCUUGGUGCAAGCAGCGAGAUCAAUCGAAUCUCGUGUGAGGGGGAGACUACAAUACUGAGUAAAACUUUGACCAAAAGAUGGAUUCGUCGGUUGAAAUCUUUUCGAGGAUUAACUAAAGUACUUAGAGUGGAAAGCUUUAGACAUAAUAGGCCUAUAUUGUACUCCGUGGAGAGUAUUACGCGAUGUACUGCUGACCGUUCAGGUGAUGACACGCAUCAUCUCACGGUGCAGGGCGUAGCUGCAGGCUGGCAGGAUGACUCAUGUACGUUGCAGGGGGUCUCGUUUGCUGCCGGUGCAGGCGAUCUGGUCAUCAUCACUGGGCCUGUUGGGAGUGGUAAGAGCACGCUGUUGAUGACCAUUCAGGGGGAGUUACCGCUUAAUGCUGGAUCAAUAAGAAGACACGGUCACUUAGCAUAUGUAAGUCAAGUGCCCUGGGUCUUCUCGGGAACAGUACGUGAGAAUAUUACCUUUGGCAAGGAAUACGAUAAGGCUGCGUAUGAGAAAGCAAUUAGAGUGUGCGACCUGGCUAAAGACAUAAAUCGAUUCCCAAAAGGUGACUUGAGUUGUAUUGGACAACGCGGUGUUAGUCUGAGUGGUGGUCAGCGUACACGUGUCAGUCUAGCACGCGCGGUGUACGCGGACGCUGAUAUCUACUUGUUGGAUGACCCUCUCAGCGCUGUUGAUGCCAAAGUCGGUAGUCAUCUCUUUAAAGAGUGCAUCUGCGGCGCCUUAACCAACAAGGUUCGGAUAUUAGUCACUCAUCAGCUGCAGUAUCUCAAACAUGCAGAUAGCAUCAUCGUCUUGAGCGAUGGGAAGAUCGCUCAGAAAGGAACGUUCCAGGACAUGGAUGUUUCCCAUGUGGGUAUAGGUGUCUCCAAAGACUCUGUCAUCGUUAGUGCGGCACCUGUUGAAGGCCAGCAAGGUCAUCACGAUCUCAUCGAUGGGGCCCCUGCGGUAGAUAUGGCGGAUGAGGAGGAGGACCAAGCUGUUGGAAGUGUGAGGUUAAGCCUCUACUGGAAGUACUUUCGAGCAGGAUUAUCAGCAGUUGUUCUUCUUCUCAUAUUUAUCUUCUGCGUCUUUACUGAAGCUUCCAUCUUAGCUCCGAUGUGGUGGCUAUCCUAUCUGUCCGAAAUGACUCCGGAAAAACAGGCGUCCGGUUCAGUGCUCGGUGUUUACGCUGGCUUAGUCGGGCUUUCUUUACUCACCGCUACCGGAAUGGCCUCCCUACUGUUCAUCGCAGCUUUACGUUCAUCUGAAAAUCUUCACAACGCCAUGACCACUACGAUCCUCAAAUCCCCUAUCUUGUUUUUUGAUACAAAUCCUUUUGGACGAAUCAUGAAUCGCUUCUCAAAGGACAUCGGGACAAUGGAUGAUCACAUUCCUUUAAAGUUUUCAUGGACUGUGACUUUGCUGUUUCACUUCAUGGGCGUUUUGCUCUUUAGCGCCAUCGUCGAGUACCGUCUCGUCCUCUCGGCUAUUCCUGUGUUUGUCGUUUUUCUCCUCAUCUGCUGGUUCUAUCUGCGAUCGAGUCGAGAGCUCCAGAGACUAGAAGCAGUGCGCUGUAGUCCCGUGUACUCGCAUUUCACGGAUACCUUAACUGGCCUGGAAGUAAUAAGAUCUUCUCGCAUGGAGAAGCGCUUUUGGGAGCAGCUAGUUAGACACCAAGAUGAGCAGACAAUGGCUCUUUCGCUCGUCAUCUCCGCCAGGAGGUGGAUGGAUAACAACCUCGAUCUCGUUUGCUUCUUAUUCGUCUCGGCGGUGGCGGCAACGGCCGCCAUCAUACAGCAAGAUCCUGCUUCAACGGGCAUGCUUCUCUCCCUAGCAAUAGCAAUGGCCCAAGGCACGUCGUAUGGCGUCGAGAAAGCUUCCGAGGUGGAAAAUGAGAUGACGUCGGUCGAGCGGGUCAUCAGCUACACUCGUCUUCCCUCGGAACCUGGCUACAGCAGACAGACCCUACCUUGCGAGGACUGGCCCGAGAGAGGUGCGGUCACCUUCCGUGACAUGUCUCUCGUGUAUCGCGAGGGAACGCCGAGUGCGCUUGAUGACAUCACGCUGGAAAUCACUGCCAAGCAAAGAGUUGGUAUUGCUGGUCGUACAGGCGCCGGUAAAUCUUCCCUAUUGGCAGCUCUGUUCCGUUUGCCGGAGCCUGGUGGUGAGGUCCUCAUUGAUGGCGUUGAUCUCGGUACCAUUGAUAUUCAGGCCGCAAGAAGGGCCAUGGCCGUCAUUACCCAAGACCCCGUGCUAUUUGGAGGAACACUAAGAAGAAAUUUAGACCCAUUUGAUAAAUUCACUGAUCAGGAAAUCUGGGCGGCGCUAGAGAGCGUGCAGCUGCUGAACACAGUGCGGGCUCUACCUGAUCAGCUGAUGUACCAGCUGGGGGAGUCUGGGUCUACCUUCAGUGUCGGUGAGAGGCAGUUGCUGUGCCUUGCCCGUGCGCUGCUGCAGAGAUGUAAGGUGCUUGUGCUGGACGAGGCCACGGCUAACGUGGACUAUAGGACAGACAGACAAGUGCAGCAGUUGAUACGGAGCAGGUUCACGGGGUGCACGGUGCUGACUAUUGCUCACAGGCUCAACACCAUCAUGGACUAUGAUAAAGUAAUCGUCUUGGACAAGGGUCACGUGGUUGAAUACGACACGCCCGAGAUGCUUGCUGGGAAACAAGAUGGCGUUUUUGCUGGACUUUUAAAAAACUCUCAUUUUCAUUCGAUAAAUUCGUAGUACAUGACAUAGAUCAACAAGGACUUAUUUGUGUGGCCGAGCCACCUCAUUAUGAUUAAUUCGAAGUUUGAUUUUUUUAUGAUUAUUUUCUCUUGAACUUCUUUCUUACUAUAGACGAUGGUAGAAUGUUGUCCGUUGUUUCAACUGAACUAACACGCCAUUAUUAUCAGCAGUCAUUCUUAUUACCCUUACUUUGGGAUACUUUUCAUGCUUUUUCGAGCUUUUUGUAGACACCUAUCCCGCGAUAGUCCGGAUUCACUCCGCAUGCCUGAGAUAAAAGCGUCUUUCCAUUGUCAAUCAACCAAGCAGAAGUCAGACCAAUGAUUUGCCCCCCUGCUACCGCUACAAACAUGUGUCGGUUUGGCUUACUUUGAAAUGUAGUUUAGCCCUUCGUAGAAUAGUCUAGUUUUGAAUUUGAAAAUGACCGCUAGACAUUAAUUUGAGGGCGCGAGUGAUAGCCUCGGCGUGAAGUUAAUUAUUCACAAAUUUCUACGAGAAACUACCGAUCUUGAAAAUCAUACAAUGAUUGCAUUUGUGAAUACUUCGUUUUCUUGAGAAAAUUAAUGAAUAAUUUGCUUCACGUCGAGGCUAAAACUGUAAAAUGCGCCCUCAAUUAAUCUGUCUAGCGGUCAUUUUCAAUUCGAAACUAGACUAUUGAGGCAGUGUCAUUUGUAAACGAAACAUUUCUUGCACGACAACCAAAUGGUAAAAUAAUUUGCUAUUAAGACACUGUCAGUGUAUUUCCCAAUACGGUUUCAGGGAGAUUUUUUUUUCUAAGGAGACUUUUUCAAAACUCCAUAGAGAAAUAUUCAUUUUUUUAGAUCUUUAAAACUAAAAAAAUGCGGAUUAGUAAGAUAAAAGCUGCGGUAGCGACAAUACUCUAUCGUGUGCUCGUUUUAUCUUUUUGCUUCCAAACACUAAUCUUUUCAUUUCAUUUUAUAAUCGCUUUUAUAAAAAUGAGUUUAAUUCAACCUUUCGCAGUAUAGACUGGAUUACAGGUGAGUCAGAGAUACAAGUAACCAAUACAAUAAACUACAAUUAAUCAAAUGUAAUUAGCAUAUUUAACAGUAACGAACUCGUUGAAACGACUCGUAUUAGUAGGCCUCUGAUAAGAUUUAGAUUUAGAUCUGAGAUUAUAACCUGGAUCAUGCGUAAUGCGACGCCCUUUAAUGAUA